AUGGGCGGGAAAUGGGGCGCGAUCUCGAAGCUGCACGCGUUCCCCAAGGCGGAGGACCACCUCACGCAGAAAACACUCUCGGGCGCCAUCGUGACUCUGCUGGGCGUGGCGACCAUGAUGGUGCUGUUCGCUCACGAGCUCUCCUUCGUGCUCACGCCUGAGGUGCAGCAGGAGAUGGCAGUGGACAAGACGCCAAGGGACGAGAAGCUAGACGUGUAUCUCAACAUCUCCUUCCCCUCGCUGCCCUGCAACGUGAUCAGUCUCGAUGCUCUGGACAUGUCGGGCAACCACGAGGUGGACAUCGCAACCAACAUGUACAAGAUUCGUUUGGAUCGCCAUGGUCAGUUGGCCGACUCGCGUUGGCUCAAGGACCCCACGGGGGCGUGGCGGCAGAGCAAGAGCAAGAAGCGCAAAGGUGAGUUUGUGAACGAUCUCAACGAUGACUUCCUCGAUCACCUCGCCGCGUCCUGCACCAAGCUGAAAGCGCUGUAUGUAGCACCUGAGAGAACAAUUCUGUUAUUUGCCGUGUGGAAGGAUUUACUUUCGGUGACCGAUGCUGGGCUGGACGACUUCUUUCGUUGUUGCCCGCAGUUGAAUCAGCUCACACUCCACCGUCGCGUCGCGCUACCGCCGUCCUUCUUUCAGCUGGCGAAUCUGCGCUCUCUGUAUUUCACCAAUCUGUAUGGCCAUCUGUCAGUGGAGCGGGUGGCAGGCAAUUUCCACGUAUCGGUGCACGGCCAGUCCUACCUCGUGCUGCAGCAGGUAUUCUCAUCGGUGGGCGAUGUGAACGUGUCUCACAUCAUCCACUCGCUCGGUUUCGGAGUGCCUUAUCCCGGGCGGCUCAACCCUCUGGACGGUUUUGUCCGCAUCCUGCCGCCCCUCAAGGAAGGGGAGGACCCCGCCAGAUCCAGUGGCACCUUCAAGUACUUCCUCAAGGUGGUGCCCACGCGCUUCCACUUCUGGCACGGAGGCGUUGUGAAGACGAAUCAGUACUCCAUCAGUGAAUACUUCACGGCCUCCUCUCCACAGUCCAACGCUCUGCCAGCGGUGUAUUUCCUGUACGACCUCUCCCCCAUAGCAGUGAGCAUCACCGAGUCGCACCGCAGCUUCUUCCACUUCCUCACUCGCCUCUGCGCCGUCUUAGGUGGCACGUUCGCACUCACAGGCAUGCUGGAUCGCUGGGUGUACAGCCUGCUGCAGCUCAUCAACCGCCCUCGCCAUGCCUAUGGAAAAGCUAAUCGCCUGCACUAG